UGCGCAUCUGCUCCACACUUUAUAAAACAUUAACUGUAAAAAUUUCCGCCGGGAAGAAAAGUCUUGUGUCUUCUUCACAAACCCAACAAAGAUAGAAGAGUUUCUUCUUCUAUCAUCCGAAGAUUUCGUCUCUUCUCUUCUUCUGUUUAUUUUUUUCUGGGAAAAGUUUUGCAAGUUUGUGUGUGUAAGAGAAGAAAAGCGUAAAUGAGCUGCUUUGGCUGUUUUGGUGGUGGUGAGGAUUUUCGUAGAGUUUCUGAAACCGGACCAAAGCCAGUGUUCAACAGAGAUGGUGUCAAUGGUCAACAUCACAAGGCAGAACCACCCAAGAACCAACCAAUCAUUCAGAUGCAACCUAUCUCUGUGCCUGCCAUUCCAGCUGAUGAACUGAAAGAUAUAACCGAGAACUAUGGUUCGAAGUCCUUGAUUGGUGAGGGAUCUUAUGGAAGAGUGUUUUAUGGUGUUCUUAAAAGCGGUAAGGCAGCUGCUAUUAAGAAGCUUGAUUCCAGUAAGCAACCUGAUCAAGAGUUUCUCUCCCAGGUAUCAAUGGUUUCGAGAUUGCGUCAAGACAAUGUUGUUGCGCUUCUGGGGUAUUGCGUUGAUGGUCCACUCCGUGUUCUUGCUUAUGAAUAUGCUCCUAAUGGAUCUCUUCAUGAUGUUCUUCACGGUAGAAAAGGUGUGAAAGGAGCACAGCCAGGUCCUGUUCUGUUGUGGAGCCAGAGAGUUAAGAUUGCUGUUGGUGCAGCUAGAGGGCUGGAGUACUUGCACGAGAAGGCGAAUCCUCAUGUUAUCCACAGAGACAUCAAAUCCAGCAAUGUGCUUCUGUUUGAUGAUGAUGUCGCCAAGAUUGCUGAUUUUGAUCUCUCCAACCAAGCUCCUGACAUGGCUGCGCGCCUUCACUCAACUCGUGUGCUUGGAACCUUUGGCUAUCAUGCUCCAGAGUAUGCAAUGACAGGAACAUUGAGCACAAAGAGUGAUGUCUAUAGUUUUGGAGUUGUUCUGCUAGAGCUACUCACAGGUCGUAAACCAGUUGAUCAUACCUUACCACGUGGACAGCAGAGUCUUGUGACAUGGGCAACUCCUAAACUGAGUGAAGACAAGGUGAAGCAGUGCGUUGAUGCAAGACUAAACGGAGAGUAUCCUCCUAAAGCUGUUGCCAAGCUGGCUGCAGUAGCUGCGCUUUGUGUGCAAUACGAAGCAGACUUCAGGCCAAACAUGAGCAUAGUGGUGAAAGCUCUCCAGCCUCUGCUCAACCCUCCUCGCUCUGCUCCCCAAACUCCACACAGGAACAACCCUUAUUGAUGAUCUCCUCCAGUCUCAUGUCAAACUUCAUCAUCCACUAUUUCAUUUGUUUUUAUUUGUAUCCAAUCUGUGUAAAUUCGUGAAAAUAGGCUUUUUAUUUCUCUCAUGAAAAACCUAAACCCAUUUCAACUGAAUAUCUCCCUUGGAAACCUGAAUGUUGCUCUAUUUCUUUUUUUAUGUUAUUUCAUGCUUGUGAUGUAAGUUUCUACUAAUUUUACAAUAUACACCUAUACUGUGUGAGUUUGUGCCAUUAUGUAAAAGUAAAACUAAGAAAGAUGUUGAAUAAUAUAUUGAGAAAAUCUAUUUUCAAA